CUUCGCUGCAGCCAUUUUUCUUGUUGUUACUGUUACCGAAUCGUCUGCCUCCACAGUAGUGCUUAAAUAAGUGUUUUCUCUUUGAAGUUUUUCUUUCUUUGCGCUGUUAGUGUCUUUAAACUUCGUGUAAGGAAGAAAGAGACACAGAAACCAACAUGGCGCAGUAUAAAGGAGCUGCGAGUGAGGCUGGGAGAGCCAUGCAGCUGAUGAAGAAACGAGAGAAAGAGAGAGAGCAGCUCGAACAGCUGAAGCAGAAGAUCGCUGAGGACAACAUGGUGAAGUCUAAUAUUGAUAAGAAAUUCUCAGCUCAUUAUGAUGCUGUCGAGGCCGAGCUCAAAUCCAGCACUGUUGGUCUGGUCACACUCAAUGACAUGAAGGCCAAGCAGGAGGCGCUGGUGAAGGAGAGAGAGAAACAGCUGGCUAAGAAGGAGCAGUCGAAGGAGCUCAUGCUUAAACUCGAGAAGCAGAAAGAGAAGAAGAGGAAGGAGGAACAGAAGAGGAAAAUAGCCAGUUUAUCUUUUAAUCCUGAUGACGAAGGAGAAGAAGAAGAAGAGGAGGAGGAGGAGGAGGACUACUCUCCAGUCAAGAAGAAGAAACUGGGGAAAAAUCCAGACGUGGACACGAGUUUCCUUCCUGAUCGAGACAGAGAGGAGGAGGAGAAUCGUCUCAGGGAGGAGCUCAGGCAGGAAUGGGAGCUCAAACAGGAGAAGAUUAAGAGCGAGGAGAUUGAGAUCACAUUCAGCUACUGGGAUGGCUCCGGACAUCGUAAGACUGUUAAGAUGAAGAAGGGCAACACCAUCCAGAACUUCCUGCAAAGAGCCCUGGAGGUCCUCAGAAAGGACUUCAGUGAGCUCAGGUCUGCUGGAGUUGAGCAGUUGAUGUACAUCAAAGAGGAUUUGAUAAUCCCACAUCACCACAGUUUUUAUGACUUUAUUGUGACCAAGGCCAGAGGCAAAUCCGGUCCUCUUUUUAGCUUUGACGUCCACGAUGACAUUCGGCUGGUGAAUGACGCCACCGUGGAGAAAGACGAGUCUCACGCAGGUAAAGUGGUGCUGAGGAGCUGGUACGAGAAGAACAAACACAUCUUCCCAGCGAGCCGCUGGGAGCCGUACGACCCGGAGAAGAAAUGGGACAAAUACACGAUCCGGUGAAGCAGCCGUCUCCUCCUCUCUCUGGAAUCCCCUCAGCAAACCUCUUGAUGUAUAUUUGCAGCCUGUUUUCCUCCAUGUAACAUAUUGUAUCAAGCUUUGGGAAACUGUUAAAGGAUAGUUUUACUAGUUGUUUCAAAUGCUAGUGGUUCCUGUUUGGAUUAAUACAAAGUUUCCUGGAAAUAAAACAGCCCCUCAUUUAUGUGUAUAUAGCUCAUAAACGUGUAUUUAGCAUCUGUGCUUAAUAAAUGAACCCUGGCUAUGACUAUU